CGCUGUCAUUUUUAUUUAUUUAUUAAUGUCUUCUACAUUUGAGAUCAGUUAGCACUGAUCAAUGAAAGCUGUCGAUGUUUUAAUUUUCGAUUAAUUUGAAUGUUGUCGUCUGCGAUGGCUGACCGCGGACAAAGGCGGCGAUGGGAGUACUGGUGGAUUGUUUUACGUUUCUGUUUGCUGUUGUGCGUCGCGAAGCAGGUGUCGGCUCAUAAAAGGUACGCUGUUCCAGAAGAGAUGAAAGAAGGAUCAAUUGUGGGAAAUAUUGCGAAAGAUUUGAGUCUCGAGGUCAGUACUUUGGUGGAAAGACGGUUCCGUAUCAUUCCUGGAUCUAAAGAUGCUCUUUUCGAGGUAAAUCAGAAAAAUGGCGUCCUGUAUGUUCAAAGGAAAGUGGACAGAGAGGAGAUUUGUGACAACAUUGAUGUCUGUUUGAUAAACCUAAAGAUUGCUGUUGAAAAUCCUCUUGAAAUUCAUUACAUUGGAGUGGAAAUUAUCGAUAUAAACGACCAUGCUCCUACAUUCGCAGAAAGCCAUCUUCAUUUAGAGAUAGCAGAAAAUAAAGCUCCCGGUGCGCGUUUUGAUUUACAGCCGGCACAUGAUCCCGAUGUCGGUAGCAAUUCAAUUCGUAAUUACAAACUUAGUCGAAAUGAGCAUUUUUCCUUGGAGUUGAGAGAUGGCGAUGAAGACCGCCUUCCUUCCCUCGUCUUGCAAAAAUAUUUAGACAGGGAAAGCGCUUUUAAUCAUAAUUUACUAUUAACGGCCGUAGAUGGUGGUAAUCCACCUAAAUCUGGCAACCUUAAAAUAACUAUCACAGUCCUCGAUACUAAUGACAACCAGCCUGUGUGUAGCCAAGACAUGUAUACGACAUCCUUAUAUGAGAACGUUUCUGUUGGUACCGUUAUACUGAAAGUGAACGCUACGGAUCCGGAUGAUGGUAACAAUGGAGAGGUCGAGUAUUCAUGGGGAACAAAUACAAAUAACAAUAUCCAAGACAUUUUUCAGGUGCACCGCAUUACUGGAGAAGUGCGGGUCAAGAAAGAAAUAGAUUUUGAAGACAUUCAGACAUAUAGAUUAAAUAUACAGGCCACCGACAAAGGACAGCCUCCACUAUCUGUAGAUUGCAGAGUUACCAUCAGGACAAUAGAUGUGAACGACAACAAACCCGAAAUAGAAGUGACGUCGAUCUUGACUAAUGUCCCAGAGGAUUCAAAACCUGGAACUGUUAUUUCUCUGAUUAGCGUUACAGAUAAAGAUUCAGGGAUUAAUGGUCAAAUCGUUUGUAGCCUCUCAAAUGAUGUAGCAUUUGAGCUAAAGUCGUCUAUUGAAGAUAAUAUGUACUCAUUAAUUACUAAGGGGCACUUAGAUAGAGAACGCGUAUCUCAGUAUGAAAUUGUAUUAACAGCCAAAGACUUGGGCCAGCCUUCUUUGUCCACUUUGAAAACUCUAAUUGUGGAGGUAUCAGACGUUAAUGACAACAGUCCAGAAUUUCUUCAAAAUCCUCUGGAGCUUUAUUUGACUGAAAACAAUGUACCGGGUUUGCCCAUAUUUUCGGUGAGCGCAACCGACAAAGAUCUGAAUGAAAAUGGUGCAGUUACUUAUCAAAUUGUAAGAGGCGACGCAGCACUCCACGAUAUGUCAUCGUUCUUGAAUAUGAAUUCUGAAACAGGCGUCAUUUAUGCGCUGAAGAGCUUUGACUUUGAAAUAGCGAAAACAUUCCGGUUUCAUGUUCUCGCAACAGAUUUAGGAAUUCCUCCACUCAGCAGCAAUCUUACAGUUAAUGUUUUUAUUUUGGAUCAGAACGACAACGUUCCAGUAAUCUUAUAUCCAGUCAGCGCUAACGGUUCUGCUGAAGGUGUGGAGGAGAUUCCCCGCAAUGUGAACGCAGGACAUUUGGUGACUAAAGUGAGAGCCUAUGACGCAGAUAUAGGAUACAACGGCUGGUUAUUAUUUUCAAUGCAGGAAGUAAGUGACCACACUCUCUUUGGUUUGGACCGCUACACAGGACAGAUAAGGACCCUUCGCUCAUUCACAGAAACAGACGAGGCUCAGCAUAAACUGGUCAUACUGGUCAAAGACAAUGGGAACGUUUCACUUUCAGCAACAGCGACUGUGAUUAUCAAAGUUGUGGAGCCCAAAGAGGCUUUUGCAGCUUCUGACGUUAAAAGCACAGUAAAAGAAGAGGAAGAGAACAACGUCACAUUUUAUUUGAUCAUUACUCUGGGCUCAGUUUCAGUGCUUUUUGUCAUCAGCAUCAUCGUACUGAUUGUAAUGCAGUGCUCCAAAUCUACAGACUAUUCCUCCAAGUAUUUACAAGACACAAAUUAUGAUGGGACACUGUGUCACAGCAUCCAGUACAGAUCCGGAGAUAAACGGUACAUGUUAGUUGGACCCAGAAUGAGUAUCGGUUCUACUAUAGUCCCGGGCAGUAAUGGGAAUACUCUAGUGGUACCAGAUCGCAGGAGGAGAACUUCUGGAGAGGUAAGAAAGAUAAUUUCUUACAUUAUUACUUGUAUGACUUUGGCUGCCGUUUUGAAAGUUUGCUAUCAGAAUAUUCAUUUGGAUUGUUGGGUAUGA